GAAAUCCAAUGACUGGAAAGAAGCUAGGUUCCAGGAUGAGCCUUGAUUCUUGAUCACCUGGAGCAAGUUGUGUUUGGAAUCGGCCUCUGGGGAUUCUGUCGUGUGAGCCCCAGGAAGUCCAGCUGUGAGUCACCCCAGAGUGCCCAGAGAGCAGCAUACGGGGUCGGCUAGCCCGGGAUGGAUGUCGGCCCGCGGUACCCUGCUUCUCGUAGCUGUGGUUAGCCCUGGUGAUUCAUUUCCCCUUCUGCUGGCCCAGAGGGAGCGCCCCUGGUCUGGCAGGGGAGAAAAGAUUUAGAGGGGAGUGGAGAGGUAACAAGAUGAGGCAGUCUUAAGGGACCACGUGGUCCAGCUCUGCUAAAUUCCAAGGUCUCUGGAGACAUUUGUGGUCUGGGGUCAGGAGUCGCUCUUCAUCGCCCUGCUUCUUGUCGACAGCUUUGGGACAUCUCUGCAGGGUACACCAGGGUUUCCAGCGCUGGAUACUUUAAGGGAGGCUCUUGUAGGUGCUGGAGACGUUGGUGGAUUCCCGUUGGUGGAGGGUAAGGCCGACACUCCCCACUAAGGGACUUUGCCCGCAGCUGCUCAAGGCGAGCCAGACGGCGCAAAGGCUAUGGGAGGGGCUAGACGUCCUCUGGGCUCCGGGGCGGGGCCUCGUGGGGCGGGGCCGACUGAGCCCAACUUUCCGGGUGGAGCGCUGCUUCGGUAGCCGCGGAGAGGGCGGGGUCGGGAGUGCGGAGCGGCGCGGGCGCGCAGGGCCGAACUGGAGCCCCGCGCUCUACUCUGCCAGAUCCCGAGCCGAGCCGCAGCCUAGGCAGCCAGAGCAGCUAGAGCAGCUGCAGCCAGGCCGAGCUCGCAAAUCCGCGACCACCGGCCUGUUCUCUCCUAUUCUUCGCGCUAUCGGAGGCGAGAGGGACUGGGGGAGCGGCGGCUGCCACCUUUGCUUCCAAGCUCGGUGCGCGAUCUCCCCUGUCCUGUCUGGUCAUGGCCUGCGCACCAAAUACGGAGGUCGGGGUCAGUGUCUUCACUCUGACGAUCUGGGGGCCGAAGAGGAUAAAAACCAAGAGGAUUCCAUGUAAGAGCAUCGCGUGAGCUUGGGGCGUGGAGGAGAGUGAAAAUUUCCCCUGGUACGGGAGGUGCCAGGGCUUACGAGGCCUGGGAGGGUACCAGGGAGUCCGGCAUCCCAGCAGCUACGACCUCCGUUCUGCCCUCAGGGAGCUAGAAUAAUCGGGUGGCUCUAGGAUCUAGCUCUUGAAGCGGUGUGGUGCCUUCUCUUGUCUGAGGAACCAGGACGUGGCUCAGCGAGUCCCUGGAAAGCCUGCCUCCUGCCCGAGCCCUUCUGGUGCGGAUGUGCCGCUGCCCACUGGAGCGCCAUGAAGGCAGAAUGACCUCAGCCGAAGCAGUGGCUGUUGCUGGAAGUGCCCGGGAGCAUGGCCGCCCCAAGUGGCCUCCUGACAGCCCUCAGGUCCUUGGGCAGCCUACUCGGGUCAGAGUGGUUGUGGCAGCCCUGGUGUGGUUGUUGGCAGGAGCCAGCAUGUCAAGUCUCAACAAGUGGAUCUUCACAGUGCAUGGCUUCGGACGGCCCCUGCUUCUCUCAGCACUGCACAUGCUGGCAGCUGCCCUGGCAUGCCACUGGGGGGCCCAGCGGCCCAUGCCUCCCAGCAUCCAAGGCAGAGUGUUACUGCUCAGCCUCACCUUUGGUACCUCCAUGGCCUGCGGCAAUGUAGGCCUGAGCACUGUACCCUUGGACCUAGCACAACUGGCCACCACCACCACACCACUCUUCACAUUGGCCUUGUCUGCGCUGCUACUUGGCCGAAGACACCAUCCCUUACAGUUUGCUGCCAUGGGCCCGCUCUGCCUGGGAGCUGCAUGCAGCCUAGCUGGAGAGAUCCGGGCACCCUCAGCUGGCUGUGGCUUCUUGCUAGUGGCCACCUGUCUCCGAGGCUUCAAGUCCGUUCAACAGAGUGCUCUGCUGCAGGAAGAGAGGUUGGACGCGGUGACGCUGCUGUAUGCCACCUCUGUGCCCAGUUUCUGCCUGCUGGCAGGUGCUGCUCUGGUGAUGGAGGCUGGAGUGGCCCCACCUCUGGCUCCCACUGACUGUCACCUCUGGGCCUGUGUCCUGCUCAGCUGCUUCUUGUCUGUGGUCUACAACCUGGCCAGCUUCUCCUUGCUGGCACUCACGUCCGCCCUCACCGUCCACGUACUGGGCAACCUCACAGUUGUGGGCAACCUCAUCCUGUCCCGGCUCCUGUUCGGCAGUCACCUCAGUGCGCUCAGCUAUUUGGGCAUCGCACUCACCCUUUCAGGAAUGUUUCUUUACCACAACUGUGAGUUCGUGGCCUCCUGGGCAACCCGUCGGGGAUUGUGGCACAGGGACCAGCCUGGCAAAGGUCUUUGAGACCUGGGGGAGCGCACGAGCCAUACCUGGACAGUCCUAGCCUGACUCUUAACCAUGGACAAUGAGGUUAAGUGGGGAGCUACUAUGUCUGCCAGGCCAAGGAGAGGAGGUGCCUUCUAGAAGGGCUGCCUGGGAGGCCAGGGACCUUCAGAGAGACACCCCCCCCACCCCUGACAGCCUCACCUGUUACAGCAAGGCCCGCCACUGGAUGGUGGGUCCAAGUCUGGCAUGUGUGCCUGUCAGAUGAGUCAUUAUGAUUAGGGUCAAGUAUUACGAUGAAAAUUGCUGGGCAAACGUAGAACACCUCAAUGUGUUAUGAAGACAAUGCCCAGUGGUUGCACAAUCUUUCCUCCGGUGGGGGAGGCCGUGAGGCACACCACAGAAGGCUUCUUCAUUGCUGGGCUCCUCUAAAAACUUGGGGUAGCCUGUGCCAACUUCAGGUAGCUACCGUAGCCUCACUCCAGUGCUUCCUCCUCCCCCGGAUUUGGGUCUUCCAUCCGCAAAUAAACUAUUUUUGCUUGGACAUCUGUGUCAUUCCUU